CCCAAAUAAUUGUAUUUUUUCACCAAAGCCUUUACUUUGAAGUGCGUCUAAAACCAAAUGACGCCGGUUUCAUACAUGGCUAGCUAGCUAGCUGAGUUAACUAAGAGGCUGCAGGGUAACAUCAGGUAAUCACAAUGAACAGCUCUGGAUAAUUUGUCAGCCAUUUACGUCUACUUGAAUUGCCCACUGAUUGGAGGAGUCCUGCCUUAUUCGGGAGAUCCCUUAACUACUUUUAGUGCCUGCCAAUGGAGCUGGCACACAGUCUGCUGCUCAACGAAGAUGCCUUGGCCCAGAUUACAGAAGCCAAAAGGCCAGUCUUCAUAUUUGAAUGGCUUCGGUUCCUCAAUAAGGUUCUUAUAGCCGCCAACAAGGUCGAUGUGAAGGAGAAGCAGAAAAAGCUGGUGGAGCAGCUCACUGGGUUGAUAAGCAGCAACCCUGGACCUCCGACGCGAAAGCUCCUGGCUAAGAAUCUUGCUACUCUCUACAGCAUCGGCGACACCUUCACUGUUUUCCAGACGCUGGACAAGUGCAAUGACAUCAUCAAGAACAAGGACGACACUCCAGCCUAUCUGCCCACCAAGCUUGCUGCAGUGGCUUGUGUUGGGGCCUUCUAUGAGCGAAUGGGCCGCAUGUUGGGCAGCUCUUUCCCUGAAACCAUCAACAACCUCCUAAAAGCCCUGAAGAAUGCUGAGUCUCAGGGUCGUAGUGAGAUCCUCCUUAGCCUCCAGAAGGUUCUGAGUGGCCUGGGUGGUGCUGCUGCGUCCUGCCACAGAGACAUCUACAAAAACGCCCGCUCUUUACUCACUGACAGGUCCAUGGCUGUACGCUGUGCUGUGGCUAAGUGUUUACUGGAACUGCAGAAUGAGGCUGUGUUCAUGUGGACCACUGAGCUGGAGAACGUGGCCACACUGUGUUUCAAAGCUCUGGAAGGCUCAACGUACGGUGUGCGCGUGGCUGUGUCCAAGCUGCUGGGGACAGUAAUGGCUACUGCACUCAUGCCCAAACAGGCUGCAGUAAUGCGUCAGAAUGUGAAGCGAGCCACGCUGGAGGAAGUACUGGAGCUGAUGGCCACGGGCUUCCUGCGGGGUGGCUCUGGCUUUCUGAAGAGCGGUGGAGAGAUGCUUAAAGGAGGAGGCUCGGUCAGCAGAGAGGUUCGAGUGGGGGUCACUCAGGCAUAUGUGGUAUUUGUGACCACUCUAGGCGGACAGUGGCUGGAGCGGAACUUCGCCACCUUCCUCUCUCACGUGCUGGAGCUGGUGGCUCACCCACGGGCCACACAGACACACGUAGAGGCGGUGUACUCGCGCCGCUGCGUCUCUUUCGCCCUGCGUGCCACACUGGGCGGCCUGUUGGGGGAAAAAGCCCAAAUUGCUGCCGCCAAGGAGAUCUGCCAGGCCAUCAGCAAGCAGAUGAGGGCAGUGGGUAAGGAGGAAAAUAGGGGGGAAAUGUCCGGUUUCAGAGCAUUGCAGAAAGCAGUAGUGAGUGACAGCAGUGGGGAGAAUAAAGGCGGGGCAGCGGACGUUUCGGCUAGUCAGCAUGUGAUGGUGUGUGCUCUGAAAGAGCUGGGCAGUCUGGUCCAGAGCCUCAGCGCCACAGCCUCUCCUCUCAUACAGGAGCCUUCUAUCGGUCUGCUCGAGACUGUGACAUCAGUCUUGCUCCACCCCAGCAUGGCGGCUCGUCUGGCAGCAGCCUGGUGCCUGCGCUGUGUUGCCGUGGCGUUGCCCUAUCAGCUGACCCCUCUACUGGACCGCUGUGCUGAACGCAUCAACACCCUGAAGAGCUCACCUGAGGCCGUCAGCGGCUACAGCUUCGCCAUGGCUGCUCUGCUGGGCGGAGUGUACCAGUGCCCACUGGGUAUCCCUCAUUCCAAGGGCAAGAUGGUAGUGAGUAUAGCAGAGGAUCUGCUGCGUUCCGCAGCUCAGAACAGUCGCCUCUCUCUGCACCGCACACAGGCUGGCUGGCUGCUCCUGGGAGCCCUCAUGACUUUAGGCUCAUCUCUGGUGCGCUACCACCUGCCGAAGAUGCUACUGCUGUGGAGAAACGUGUUUCCCCGCUCACAGAAAGAGCUGGAGGCAGAGAAAGCCCGAGGAGACUCCUUCACCUGGCAGGUUACCCUGGAAGGCCGAGCUGGGGCACUUUGUGCCAUGCGAAGCUUCGUGGCUCAUUGUCCGGAGCUGCUCACUGAGGACGUGAUCCGCAGACUGAUGACUCCUAUUGAAUGUGCCAUGACCAUGAUGUCUCAUAUUCCUGCAGUUAUAAAGGUACAUGGGGCUCACCUGAAGGCCAGUGCUGCCAUGGUGCGUCUGAGACUUUAUGACAUUCUGGCCCUGCUUCCUCCCAAGACAUAUGAAGGUAGUUUCAGUGCUCUGUUAAGGGAGCUGGUGGCUGAGUUCACUCUGACAGAUAAUUCAGCCAACACAACCACCUCCUUGCUUCGUUCGCUCUGUCACUAUGAUGACAGUGUCCUUAUGGGCUCCUGGCUGCAGGAAACUGACCACAAGUCUAUCGAAGAUCAGCUGCAGCCCAACAGUGCGUCGGGCAGUGGUGCUCUGGAGCAUGACCCGUCCUCGAUAUACCUGCGGGUUCCUGUGGGAGAAGCCAUUCCCGGACCAUUGCCUCUGGGUGUGUCCGUCAUCGAUGCCUCUGUGGCACUUUUCGGGGUGGUCUUCCCCCAUGUCUCUUUUAAACACAGGCUCCAAAUGCUGGAUCACUUUGCUGAGUGCAUCAAACAGGCUAAAGGAGUCCGACAGCAGGCUGUUCAACUCAACAUCUUCACCGCUGUCCUGAGUGCUUUGAAGGGUCUAGCUGAGAAUAAGAGCACGCUGGGCCCAGAGGAGGUGCGGAAGUCAGCUCUUGCUCUGGUGAUGGGUGCUCUGGAUAACCCAAACCCCAUCCUGCGCUGUGCUGCUGGAGAAGCUCUAGGCCGCAUGGCUCAAGUUGUAGGAGAAGCCACCUUCAUAGCCAGCAUGGCCCAGCACAGCUUUGACAAGCUGAAGUCAGCGCGGGAUGUGGUGUCCAGAACGGGCCACUCUCUGGCUCUGGGCUGUCUGCACCGGUACGUGGGUGGCAUCGGUUCAGGUCAGCACCUCAAGACCAGUGUGAGCAUUCUGCUGGCCCUGGCUCAGGACGGCACCUCCCACGAGGUUCAGACAUGGGCACUGCACUCUCUGGCUCUAAUCGUGGACUCCAGUGGUCCGAUGUACCGGGGUUACGUAGAGCCCACGCUGUCCCUAGUGCUUACCCUCCUCCUGACUGUGCCCCCAUCCCACACAGAGGUCCACCAGUGUCUGGGCCGAUGCCUGGGGGCCCUCAUCACCACCGUCGGACCAGAGCUACAGGGCAAUAGUGCCACGAUCUCCACCAUCCGAUCUUCAUGCCUGGUAGGCUGUGCCAUCAUGCAGGACCACUCGGACUCUCUGGUACAGGCGGCGGCCAUCUCCUGCCUGCAGCAGCUGCACAUGUUCGCCCCGCGCCACGUCAACUUAUCCAGCCUGGUGCCCUGCCUCUGUGUGCACCUGUGCAGUUCUCAUCUCCUUUUGCGGCGGGCUGCGGUGGCUUGUUUGCGGCAACUGGCUCAGAGAGAGGCAGCGGAGGUGUGUGCAUAUGCCAUGAGCCUUGCCAAGAAAGCUGGAGACAGCAAGGAAAGCACCACUAUCAACCUGAACAUCACCGAGACGGGUUUGGAGGGCGUGCUCUUUGGCAUGCUGGACCGGGAAACAGACAGGAAACUGUGUUCAGACAUCCAUGACACACUGGGCCACAUGCUCUCCUCUCUGGCUGUGGAAAAGCUCUCUCAUUGGCUCAAACUCUGCAAAGAUGUACUGGCUGCCAGCACAGAGGUUGGAGGCGCCAUGGCAUUUGAAGUGGAGAAAGAGGAGGAAGACUCAGAGAAGAAGGACGAAAUGGAUGAUGACAUCAUGUUCACAGGCCUGGGAGAGGACGAUAAAUCUAAGCCCUCUGUCGCUCCCCGAUGGGUGACACGGGUGUUCGCAGCUGACUGCCUCUGCCGCAUCAUUCAUCUGUGUGAAAACGUGGACAAGGCCCAUUUUGAUCUGGCAGCUGCCCGUACUGCGAAAGCCAAAAACCCCAAAGGUGAUCUGCUGGUGUUGCAUCUCUCAGACUUGAUCCGCAUGGCCUUCAUGGCCGCCACAGACCACAGUAAUCAGCUGCGGAUGGCCGGCCUACAGGCCCUGGAAGACAUCAUUAAAAAGUUUGCCUCAGUGCCGGAGCCCGAGUUUCCUGGUCAUGUGAUCCUGGAGCAGUACCAGGCCAAUGUUGGAGCUGCACUGCGACCGGCCUUCUCCCCCGACACUCCCUCUGACAUCACGGCCAAAGCAUGCCAGGUGUGCAGUGCGUGGAUAGGCAGCGGAGUAGUCAGUGACCUCAAUGACCUGCGCCGUGUCCACAACCUGCUGGUGUCCUCUCUGGACAAGGUGCAGGCAGGCAAGGGCUCGUCCAGCCAGCUGUACAGCGAGAGCGCCACUACCAUGGAGAAACUGGCUGUACUCAAAGCCUGGGCAGAGGUCUAUGUGGUGGCUAUGAAAAUAAAGAAAGAAGCAGAGUCUAGGCCGGCACGUCCUGUACGUAUCAGUGAGGAUGAUGAUGAAGACAUGGGUGAUGAAGGAGACAUCCUGCCUCCGGACAGCCUGAUUACGCUGGUGCAGCCAGAGCUGCCCUCUCUCAGCCGGCUGUGGCUGGCAGCUCUGAGAGACUACGCUCUGCUGACCCUGCCACCUGAGUUUGCCAGCCAGCUGCCCCCAGAAGGUGGAGCCUUCUACACUCCAGAGACAAUAGACACGGCACGUCUGCACUACCGCAACUCUUGGGCUCCCAUCCUGCAUGCUGUGGCUCUGUGGCUCAGCAACACAGACUUUGGGGCUCCUGAGGGCCCCGAGGAACCCCAAACUGCCACCAGCACUACUGGGCCAGCAGGGGCUGUGUAUCCUCAGGGGCCUCCCGCUCCAAGCAAGAGCCAUGAUGAGCUGGUAAAAGAUAGAAUGCACCUGCUGCUAGGCAUCAGUAUUGAGUUCCUCUGCUUUCCUCGGCCUGAGGAGCCUAUUGAGCGAGUGAUGUCCUGCCUGCAGGCCCUCUGCACUCUGCUGGAAUCCCCACGGGCUCGAAAACACAUCGCAGAGGACCAGUUGCUUGCCGUGGAGCUGCUGAACGUGCUGCACAGACUGUUGUUAACGCGGGACCCUCCCAGUGUCCAGCUGCAGGUGACUGCUGUGGUGCAGGAAACCAUCCGAUCAGCCCAUGACCAUCUGGACCAGCUUAGAAGCUCCAAGAGUGUGGAAGAUGGUGGGGAGAAGGAGUCGGCGUGUGUAGUGGAAGAAGGAGGGGACACAGGGGAGCUGCAGCCAGGCAAGUCUCUGGUAUUUGCCGCCAUGGAGCUGCUGGUGUUUCUGCUGGUGCGCCACCUCCCUCAGGUCAACACCAAGGCCAGUGACUCGCCCAGCCACCUGCCCACCAAACCCCAGCAGCUGCCUGAGCACAGUAACCGCUUGGUGGCCGCCACCGUCAGCAUCCUGGCCGAACUGCCUGCGCUGUGUUCUCCAGCAGGGAGCAUGACCAUCCUGCCCACGGUGCUGUUCCUAAUUUGUGGGGUGCUGAAGGAGACUGCAGUGAAGACGCCUGAGGGUUCAGUGCCUCUGCCUGUGUCGGCCGCCCUGCAGGGCAUUAAGACCAUCAUCACGUCCCCGCUGGGUCGUGUGGAGAAAACACAGCAACAGUGGACCAGCUUGGUCAGGAGCAGUCUGGCCUCUGUCCUGGAGUACUCCCAGCCUGACGAGUCCAGACCCAAUAUGGACGAGGUGAGCAUGCUCACAGCCAUUACCCUCUUUUUGGUGUCCGCCAGCACUGAGCUGGUAGGGGUCACCGCCUUACAGAAAGGCUGCAUGGAGCGCUUCCGUAACGCCCUCAAUUCCAGCGACCCAUGGGUUCAAGCUCGGUGUUAUCAGCUGCUGCUCUCGGUGUUCCAGCACUCUAGCCGCGCUCUCUCCACUCCCUACAUCCACGCUCUGGCACCUCUGCUGGUGGAGAAGCUGAAGGGGGUGGAGCGUGCGCGGCCCGGGACCCCCGCAGAGCUCCAGGCUGUGCAGGAAGGGGUCAAAGUGCUGGAGGGCCUGGUGGCCCUGGGGGAGGAGCAGAAUCGUGUUCAGCUCCUGGCUCUCCUGGUCCCCACGCUGAUCUCCUACCUGCUGGAUGAAAAUGCCUUCUCCACUGCCCCUCCUCCUUCAAAGGGCCUGCAUGAUUUUGCCCUUCAGAAUCUGAUGCGUAUUGGCCCCCUGUACCCCGCCGCCUUCAAGACAGUGAUAGGAGCAGCACCAGAGCUGAAGACUCGCCUUGAGACGGCCAUCCGAGCCAAUCAGGCAAGCAACAAAGCCAAGGCCACAGCCAGGCAGGCCCAACCCACUGUGCAAGCCACACCCACCAUCAAACUCAAAACCAGCUUUUUCUAAGAUCAGUUCUCAACUGACCUGUCCAUGCUCCACUCACAGAUGUAUUCUUUUGAAGGAAAUGUUUCUAGGUUUUACAAAUUGUGAAGCAUAUGGGUAAAAAUACCAUUCAACGUAAUCAAAAACAAUUCAAAAUAUUUGUUUUUCAGUGUUCUUUGUCAAAAUAUGUACAAUAUGUUCAAAUGAGUAUGGAGUGGGGUGGCAUGUUUUUAUGUAACAUCAAACCUGUAAUGGAAAAGUUGCUGGUUGUUGUACCCUCUCUUGAUACCUGACAUGAACAAUAAUUAUAAAUUGCUUUUCUAAUUUUCCUCAUUGAAACCAGGAAAUAGUUUCACAUGGUCGAUAUUUUCAGUGUUUGUUUGCUGCUGCUCAAACUGUUUGAACUUGCAGAGUAAAAGCAACAAACAUAAUUUUUAAUGCAUAUUUUCAUUUUUUAGCAUUCAGAUUGGAUUUUGAGUUUUUCUUUUUUUCAGUCUUUUGCUCAAAAACAGAAAACUGGGUUUGCUGCAACUACUUAUUAGGUUAAAUGUAAUUUUUCUUUCCAGUGGUCAGUUGAAACAAAGGUAUGUAUUUGUGGGCGGAGCAUGGAAAGUUCAGCUGAUAUAUUUUUAUUAAUAACCUCAGUUACUGCUAUUUAUCAAAUGAAGUUGUUUCGUUAGGUGUUGGAUUCUUAGAGAUGCUGUUCUGGUAAAGGUUUGCUUCUGUAAAUAUGGAUUCCAGGGUUUACAUUUCAUCGUGUCAAUCAUGUGUGAUGGUGAAUGUCAGAGUGAAAUUGUCAUUUUAAGAUGCUUUAGGUGCUGGUAAAGGGAUGUGGUUACUGCUGUCAUAAUUAUAUUUUUUCCACAGUUUUUGUUUGAUGCUUGUAAAAUGCACCUUAAUCAGAAAAGAUUGUCAUGGAAGCACUUUUUGUAAAGUCACAUUGCAUCGAUGUCAUUUCCAGCAAUUCUCAUAACAUUCUUUAUUUUCUCUCUGCUUUCUCUUAAUGUGUUUGUCGUUGCCUGAUCCUGUAAAGACCAAAAACAUGCAAAACUGUGUACAGUAUAUGUCUUAUAUCACAGCCUUUUCCCGUCUGUUGCUUCAUGUAUUUUUUCUCACAGUUGCACUCCUUUUAGUUAAACGUUAUUUUGUAUAUUAUAUAGCACCAAACUUUGUUUUCUGAGACUUAACAUCAGUCUUGGGUAUUAUAUAACUGUUACUUUUGGACCUAAAAAUUAAAAUUAAUAAAAUAAUGCAUUGUGUUUGUCAUCACCCACACUGUACAAAGAAAUACAGUUAAGAAAACACAAAAGCUAUGAUAUACUGUGAAAUGUUUUUGUUUUCUUUCCACCUUGUAUAAAUUCACAUGUGGAUAUACACAGCCUGCAUAUGCAACUUGAACUUAGCUCUGCUCUUUUCAACAUUUGUCAUUGUCUCUGAUAAUAUAAGCAUCUUUUACCUCUUAGUAACUUGUCUUUACUUUUUGCCUUCGUUCUCGCUCAUAGUUUAACCGAUUUAUGUAAAUAACAGACAAUUCCAUCUGAUUAUUUAUUCAUACCUGUUUAAAAAACUUUACAUUGCAUUAAGUGGUCGCAGUGAAACUGCACUGAUGUCCACCUUGUUACAACACGAAUGGUUGGUUUGCACUAAGUCUAGUAAAUGCCCUUUUGUUGUAUUAUUGUUUUAUGUUAAAUACGGUACUGCGCAGCAACAACGAAGACACAGAUCAAAAUGCAAAGUCUUUUCUGGACCCAUAUACACAAACUGGAUGUCAAAUCAUAUUGUUUGACUUGAUCAUUAAAAUAAAGUUUUACCCAUGAA